UUCUCCGCACGCGCCUUCGUCGCUAUCAGUCGCAGGCUUUUCCCUGUCACUACCGGAGUGAGAUGCCUCAGCCUCACUGGGUGCUCUCUCUCUCUCUCUCUAACAUUUUUCUUUUCUCUCUCUUAAAGUUGCAGUGCUCGAAACCCUAGACAGACACUGGGGAUUGCAAUCAGUCGGAGGCGAGUUUUCUCACUCCUCUUUUCCUCUCUCGUUGCCACUGCCAUUGAAGAGUGUCGUGCCUUGUAAAGGUCAACUUCUUUAUUUCAUGGAUUGGGAUUUAUGGAAUUGGUCACAUGAUCAAGUUACAGUUGAGCAUAAUGCUGGUAAGCAAUCUGAAUGGCAGUGUGACUUCUAUUUUGGUUACGGACCUGAUAUAAUUGAAGAAAGUGCUUUGGAUGAGAAAUCUUGCAUUCAAGUGUUAAGGAUACUGAUAAGAAAGGCAGAAGCCGAACUUGAUGAACUUGAGAAUGAUCUGGUGUCUCUUCAAACUGAAUUAGCUUUUGCUGAACACGAAGAAUGGCCUGAAAUUUGUUGCAAUUCUUUGAGCGAUAAGAUAGGUUGUCUUGAUAUAGCAAUAAAGAGUUUGAAGAGCAAGUCUGAGAAUGACAUUGAGGUUCAGUUAUCACUGCAUAGAGAACCUGCAGAGAAGAUACAAGAUCUUAUAAGAAAGUACUUGCAAGAGAAGGAUAAACAGAAGCAGCCUCAGCAAGUCAUUGUCUUGGACCCAAAACCAGAUGGAUCAGCAUCAGAUAUCAUUGUAAAGGAAGAGUUUGGAGAAAUUGACACUCCAACAGAAAAAUGCAAUCAGACAAAUCCUUCUUCAAACCUUCAAGAGAAGAAAACAAAUUCUCCUAAAAAACUAAAGCUUGCAAAUGCCAACUCCACAUAUCUUGGCCCAGAGUGUUUGAGACUUGCAGUUGGCUCCUGUAGUGAGGGAAAAAAUUUGGAUUCAGAUGGCACCAACAGGUGUUGGGAGGCCAUUGAACAAGAGCUUAACUGCAAGAAUAAGAAUAUCAUACAUAAUGCAUCUUUGAAGCAUGAAGAGAAGAUGAGCUGUAGCAUAGAUGAAGCUAAGGUUAAUGAAAAUAUGGAAGCAAGGAAGCAAAGUUCUAGCGCUGCAAAAGAUUUACAGUCUGAAGGAAAUCAAGCCUAUAAACAGACCAAUCUUUCAAAUGCUAUCGUAAAGUAUACAAGCCCAGAUGCUUUAAUAAGAUCAGCUGCUGUCAGAAUGAGAAGUAUUCCUGCUGAAUUCAACUCAAGCACUUCAAGAACAUUAAAAAGUGACGACUGUGCUAUGGAGGAAAAAGUAACUGAGCUUUGUACAAAAAUUGCUCAAAACGAAAGGAUAAAUUUUCCACUCAGCAAGGAUACUUCUUCAAAUUCGCAGCCAAGGAUGGUAGUGAAUGGAAGAGACAAUGUACAACUUGUGACCAAAACUGAGGCGUUUGCCAUGACUUUAAAUAACUCUACAGUGAAAAAAUCAAUCAUGACCAAGCUGAACAAUGUAGGAGAACCAGACGUCGAAAAAUCUCAGAAGGCUGCUGUUGUCUUUGACAACUCCCAGUUAGACUCAAGUAAACAACAGCAAAGUCAAUUGGCAAAGAGGAAAUUUCAAUCAAAUUCACAAAGCAUCAGAGAAACUACGUCUACAUUCUGUUCCACAACGGAAAGCAAUUCGAAUGGAUCUUUGGGUUCAUCACUUAAAAGACUAAAUUCUGUGCUUGAUGAGGACGAUGUUAGUUUAGUGCAGCUAAUGGGUGGUAAGCAGUUAAAGAAGAUGGGUCAGCGUGACUUUUGUGCCGAAGACCAUAACACCUCUGUUGCUAUCGUAUUACCAAUUUCACAGCCACAACAGAGUAAAAGGACUUCAAAUGUGCCACGUAAUUCAGAAAAGAAAGACUCGACUGUGAAUUCCAACUUCUCAGAUUCACAAAGGCCUUCUGCAACUGACAGUGGUUCUGUUGACAAUGAUCCCGAUGCAACCUUGACUCAGUUGUUAUCUGGCAGUCGUAGGCUGGAGGAUUUGAAACUACAGGAACUGAAGGCCGUCGCUAGAUCAUUAAAACUUACUAAAACUAGUAAGCUUAAGAAAUCAGAGCUGAUUGAGGUUAUAGCUGCUAAACGAGCAGAGUGUCGAUCUUGAAGGUAGUUGUGCAGCUGUGCUUUUUUUUCAUCUCAAUAUUUUGGGUUGUGUUAAUCUCCUUGACCAUAUCUCAUGUCCCAGGGCGCUCUUUUAACUUUUAUCACUGUCCAUAGCAUCACAUUCCUUUUUACCUCCCACAGAAUCUGAGAGAGGAAUAUGAAAAAGAAACAAGUAUAGAAAAGAAGCUUUUAGGUUUAGUCUUAGUUUUACAUGAAAUGCUUUAUAUGGUAGGGGCAUAUUGCAGUGAUGACAGAACCACACAAAGCUAUUAAAUUUUUUGAGCAAUUGUGGCCACUUCUACUGGCAUAGAAAGUUAGAAUUGCUUUUAGCCUUUUGUAAAUAGAACCUGGUGGGUUUUGAAUCCAAUAUUAAUACAUAGGAUUUGGUAAAUUUACUCAGAUCUGAUCUAUAGAUGCAUUGACUUGACCUUGUGAAUAUAGAAAAUUGUAAACCCAUAUUACAUUUUCAUCUUGUACUUGCUUCUGUUCAUUCCCCGUAGAUCAUCUAUUUUAUCUUUUAUAUUUAUUUAUUUCAA